GGCUGUGGCGUGAGGAGCGCUCGCGGCUUCCGGGGUGUGGGGAGAGCCGGCCGGUGGCUGCGAAGCUGCUCACUGGCCCGCGGCCUCGGCCCUGUGGACAUGGACGAGGACGGGCUGCCCAUUGUGGGCUCCGGCAUCGACCUCACCAAGGUUCCAGCUAUUCAGCAGAAAAGAACUGUAGCAUUUCUAAACCAGUUCGUGGUUCACACAGUGCAGUUUCUCAACCGCUUUUCUACUGUUUGUGAAGAGAAAUUGUCCGCACUGUCUCUUCGUAUCCAACAAAUUGAAACAACACUCAAUAUUUUGGAUGCAAAGUUAUCCUCUAUUCCUGGCCUAGAAGAUGUCAAAUUUGAAGUGUCCAGUGCAAAUAUGAAUAGUGUUACAAAUGCUCCUGUGGCACAAGCUACUAUGGAUCAACAGACAGCAGUGUCACCUCAGUCUGGGCAGAACAACACACAUGAAGAACAGUUACAGACAACAGAGGUAGUAACAGAAAAUGUCAGAACUGUGGCCAAGGAUCCAAGAUAUGCCAGAUAUCUCAAAAUGGUACAAGUGGGUGUUCCUGUUAUGGCGAUACGAAACAAAAUGAUUUCUGAAGGGUUAAAUCCAGAUCUUCUCGAGACCCCGGAUGCCCCUGUGCCUGCCUGGGGAGAUGAUGGGAAAGCAGAAGACAGUUCUGAUAGUGAAUCUUCAUUUAGUGACUAAUGAGACUGACUUAGGCCUUUGGAAACCUCCAUUAAGGGCUGAUGUGUUUGGAACUUUAGCAGACAGUGGUUUUGCGCGAGUCACGUGGGUGACAUGAUUUGUCUGAGAGCAUUUUUAAUAACUAGGAUCCCCAUCUUCUCUCCCAGAAAGUUUGAACAGGCAGCAUGUUUCUACCUGAACCUUUCCACCAUGGAAAAUAAUCAUAAGGUCUUUGCAAUUUUUUGUGCUGCUUCAUUUCAGGUUCCUUGUGAUUGUGCUGAAAUUACUUUGUAAAACUCUAACCAUGCCUCUAAAUUUCCAGGUCUCUUAAGACUGCAUUCUGUUCAUUAUUGGACUUUCUAUGUAACACAUCUAACCUAAAUGGCCUUCCUCCUGUCACACAACUUGCAGAUAAAGGAACUUUUCAAAAUGAAAUUGCUACAUUGAUGAACUGUGUUUCUACUAUACUAUAUUCUAAAGGGAUGCAACAAGAAUGUCACAGAAGUCUGCUGUCUUAGGGUGAUUGCAAAUCAGUGAUACUCUGUUCUAAGAGAAACUAAAAUGCAAGUGAAAAAUAUAUUAAAAACCAAUCUGAAUCUGUUUUCAAAGUAUAUUUCAUGUCAUAUUAGAAUCUGCACAAAGUUGUUAGCGAAAUUCCUGCUCUGUGAAAAUGACACUGUGAAAGAAACAUGUGACUGGGAUACUAUUAAUGGAAUACCAGAUUCUCACUACUUGUUCACUCUCGUGUGGGUCAAGUAGAAGCCACUUUCUGACUGGCUGUUGGGCUUAUUUGAAAGGGACUGUGUCUGAGCAGUUUGCAUAGGAUAAGAAAUCACUUCCACAUUGGUGCCUUUGCUGAUAAUUUCAGCAAAUAAACCAAAAUUCAGUUUUUAUAAUGAUAAAGCUACCUCUUGAGGUAUGUAUUAGGGCACAUUAUAAAGAAAUCUACUUGGAGCCUGACCGGCCCUGAAGACUUAAUCCACCACAUGAGUCAAAAAUUAUGUUUCAUUAAAAAAAAUCUUCUUUCAUGUAAUUUGUUCCACAUGAAACUCUUCACAGUCUAAUUGAACUCCCCAGAUUAUUGUGAUUCCACCGGAAUGCUGCGGGACAGACAUUCACUUUCUGGUAUUUCACGUUCUUCCUGAGACCAAGAAAAGACUAAAACUGAAGCUCUUAAGUAUAUACAUUUUUUAGCUUUUAUGACCAAGUUGUUGCCUUCUCUCAUUAUUAUUUAUGCCACUUUGGUAGGGUAGCUGCUUUCCUCUUCUGUAAUUCAGAUGGUUCCCAUUUGAAUCUAGCAGACAUAAUUAAACCCUUCAUCACCUGUGACUCAGAGUAAUGCCUGAAUCCUGGCGAAAGCAUAUAUGCACUAGAGAAUGCUAGAGAUAGCAUUUCAAUUAUGAGUUAAUUAUUACUGAACACUGAGACAAAAAUAUUUAAUGGUUAACAAUUGGUGAAACUCAACAAAUAUUAACAAACUAGCAAUAAGUAUUUCAAGAGUAAAUGUUAUAUUUCAGAAAGCAUAUAUUAAAACACUGGUGACUUUUAAAAAAAUCUAUAUUUGAAAACUCAUUGAAGCAACUGUAUAAUUAAAGCUAUACUUUGUAAACCAAA